AUGAAAGAAGAUCUGGUUGAGUGUUCUAAAGGUUUCAACAUACCUUUAACACCGGUUAGUUUUCUAGCACGAGCAGCGUCGUUGUAUGGUGACAAAAUUUCAAUCAUCUAUGGUGAUCAUGUUAGAUUUUCAUGGAGACAAACCUAUGAAAGAUGUGUUAAACUUGCUUCUGCUUUGGUCAACUUGGGAAUUUCUCAUGGUGAUAUUGUAGCAACUUUGGCACCAAAUAUUCCAGAACAGUAUGAGCUUCAUUUUGGUGUACCAAUGGCAGGUGCUAUUAUUUCUGCACUAAAUCCUAAACUUGAUGCAGCAACAUUAGCAAUAAUAUUGGAACAAUUAGAGCAUUGCAAAAUCAUAUUUGUGGAUUAUGAAUUUAUUGACUCUGCCCUCAAUGCAACAAAAUUAAUCUCCCAAAAAAAAUUAAAGCCACCUCUUAUUGUGCUAAUCCAAGAUUAUGACCUAUUACUGAAAGAUUUACCACAAGGUACAUUAAUCUAUGAUGAAGUUCUUGAAAAGGGUCAAUCAGAUUUUAACAUUUUAUUGCCUAGCAAUGAAUGUGAACCUAUAUCAGUUAAUUUCACAUCAGGCUCAACAGGAAUUCCAAAAGGAGUUGUUUAUAGUCAUAGAAGUGUUUAUCUAAAUUCAAUCGCGACGAUUACUCGUUUCGACGUGAAAAUUAUGCCGGUUUUUCUAUGGACAGUUGACAUGUUUAGAUGCAAUGGAUGGUGUUUCAUUUGGUUAAUGCCUGUUCUUGGUGGAACAAAUAUUUGUGUUAGAGACAAUUUUUCAGCGAAAAAUAUUUCUGAUGCAAUUUGUUUUCAUAAGGUGACACAUUUCUGUGGUGCACCUAUCCUUUUGGAAAUUAUUGCAAAUUGUGAUGUGAUUAAGCCUUUUUCCCAUAAGGUUAGUGUCACGGUUGCAGGUAUAUUACCGUCGUUCAAAAUUCUUAACAAAGUGGCAGAGAUUGGAUUCGAUGUGAAUAUCAGUUAUGGUAUGACGGAAGUAUUAGGCCCGGUUAUUGUGAGGAAGUGGAAAAAGAAUUUUGAUGAUGAUGUUACAAAGUUUAACUAUGUUGAAGAAGGUGUUAUAGAUUUUAUGAUGGCAGAGGUUGAUGUGAAAGAUCCUAGUACAAUGAAGAGUGUUCCUUGGGAUGGAAAAAACAUAGGUGAGAUUAUGUUUAAAGGGAAUACUUUGAUGUUAGGGUAUCUCAAGAGUUCAAAAGUGAGUGAUGAAGCUUUUAGGGAUGGUUGGUAUAGGACUAGGGACCUUGGUGUUAGGUUACCUAAUGGUUCUUUUAGUUUGAAGGAUAGAGCAAAAGAUGGUAUUUACUGUAAGGAUGAGUUUGUGAGUUCAUUAGAGGUUGAAGGUGUGUUGAUGAACCAUCCAAAGGUUUUGAAAGUGGCUGUUGUUGGGGGGUUUUGUGAGGGUUUGGUGGAGUCACCUUGUGCAAUUGUGAAGUUGAAGGAGGGUUGUAGUGCUAAUGUUGAAGAUAUUAUCAAGUUUUGUGAAGAUCAUUUGGAUGUUCAUAUGGUUCCUAAGAGUGUGGUGUUUGGUGAUUUGCCUCUUAAUUCGACUGGGAAGGUGCAAAAGUUUGUUAUUAGAGAAAAAAUUAAAAAUAAUGGGUGGUGUGACUCAGUUAAUCUCUUGAGUAGGAUAAACCCGCAAUGA